AGACAGUUUUGUGAAAUUGAGUCAUUUCAUAUGGCAAUAGUAAUUGAAAAAUGAACAUAAACAUUUGCUUGUUGUAUUUUGUCCUUGUGUUGUCUGGGAGCCUUCACCGGAAGUGGCCCCACGGAGGCGGCUUUGCAGGCAGAGGGACAGACAGACAGUGACUAUAUAAGAGCCGCUGUCACGUCGACACUCUGCACAAUUUCUACUUCUAUGAUUGCGCGCAGAAAUAAACUCCAGCAGCAGAGCGCAUUUGGGAAACUCUAAGGAGCGAUGACACAGAACAAAAAUAAUAGAACUUGUGCGUACGCCGCCGCUGUGCCAAAUGGCGCACAGAUCCACAAAGAGCUGGAGGGACGGGGGCACUGGGGAUCCAAGGCUGAGUACAUCCUCACUGUGAUGGGCGCGAUCAUCGGACCUGGGAACGUGUGGAGGUUUCCCUACCUGUGCUACAGAAACGGCGGAGGUGUGUUCUUCAUCCCGUACGUCGUGUUUAUGUUUACAUGCGGAAUCCCCCUCUUCUUUCUUGAGACUGCACUAGGACAGUACACCAACCAGGGGGGGAUCACGUGCUGGAAAAAGAUUUGUCCACUUUUUCAGGGCAUGGGCUUUGCAAGUCACUUAAUAAUCGCAUUCAGCGCAACCUCCUACAUCAUCAUCAUUGCGUGGGCGUUCUUCUACCUGUUCUUAUCAUUCAGCCAGGAUUUGCCCUGGGCCUCAUGCGGACACUACUGGAACACAGACUCGUGCUUGGACUUCAACAAUCCAAACCUGAGCCUCAGCAUGAUGGCCAAAGAGAACGGCACUCUUCCUGUUGUGGAGUUCUGGCAGCGGCGAGUUUUGAAACUCUCCAAUGGAAUCGAGGAGGUGGGCAGCUUGAGGUGGGAACUGGUCUUGUGUCUCAUCCUGACAUGGGUCAUCUGCUACUUCUGCGUUUGGAAGGGCAUCAAGUCCACAGGAAAGGCAGCCUACUUCACAGCCACCUUCCCCUUCGUCAUGCUGUUAGUAUUGCUGGUCCGCGGGGUUACGCUACCUGGGGCAAUGCAUGGAAUCAUUUACUACCUCUACCCUGACAUCUCACGCCUUUCAGAUCCCCAGGUGUGGAUGGACGCUGGUACUCAGAUCCUCUUUUCUUACGCCAUCGGCCUUGGGUUCCUGACCUCUCUCGGGAGUUACAACACUUACAACAAUGACUGUUACAGGGACUGUCUGUACUUGUGUCUGCUGAACAGCGUCACCAGCAUCGUGGCAGGCUUCGCCGUCUUCUCUAUUUUGGGUUUUAUGACAUAUGAACAAGGAGUGGAUAUUUCAGAGGUGGCAGAAUCCGGCCCAGGGCUGGCUUUCAUUGUCUUCCCACGUGCACUCGCCAUGAUGCCCAUGCCUCAGGUGUGGUCAGUGUGUUUCUUCCUCAUGAUUAUUCUGCUCGGACUGGACAGUCAGUUUGUUGGGAUGGAGUGUUUGAUGACAUCACUGGUUGAUCUAUUCCCAGCUCACCUGCGCAAGGGCUGUAGGCGUGAGCUGCUCCUGCUGGCCAUCUGCACCUCCUGCUGUCUGCUGGGACUCUUACUGGUAACAGAGGGAGGGAUGUACCUGCUCCAUCUGUUGGAUCAUCACGUCUGCAGUGGCACCACGCUCAUCCUCCUCUCUUUUUUUCAGUCUGUCAGCAUUGGCUGGGUCUAUGGUUCUGAUCGUUUCUAUGAAAACAUCACAGACAUGAUUGGUUAUCGUCCAUACCCAUUAAUGAAAUACUGCUGGUGCUUCAUUACUCCCCUCACCUGUAUGGGCACCUUCAUCUUCUCCAUUGUCAAAUACUCCCCGCUGAAGUUCAGUAACACGUAUGUUUAUCCAUUCUGGGCCAACAUCUUGGGCUGGUUCAUUGCCAGCGUCUCCCUCUCCCUCAUCCCGCUGUUUGUGUUGGUGAAAGUGUUGCAGGGAAAAGGCACUCUACGACAGCGGUUGGUCUUCCUCUGCCAGCCUGUGGAUGACCUCCCCUGGAAUCAAAAACAUCCUCCUGCACUGGGAACCAACAGCACUGCUGUCUACACAGCAGAGCUCAAAUCUUUUUCCGACACCGAGGAAGUCACUAAAUGAGCACACAAACAAGUUGUCUAGCUCAGUGAUUCUCAAAUGGGGGUACGCGUACCCCUGGGGGUACUUGAAGAUACUCCAGGGGGUACUUGAGAUUUUUUUUUAUAUAUAUUUAAAAUUAGCAUCCAUUCAAAAAUCCUUAUAAAAAAUGGUUAUUUAACAAAUAUUCAAUAAAAUAUAAUUGUAAGUUCAUGAACUAAAUGUUAUAUUCAGUAGGCUUUUCAAUUUAAUUAUCCUAAAAAAACAGAGUCUCCCCCAUACCGAUGGUUUGACCCAACCUGGCACACGCCACCUGUCAUCACUUGUCAUCACCUGCCUUGAAAAUUUCAACAAUGGAGUUGAAUUGAAGUGCAGCAGCAAUACUGCUGAAACACGGAGGGACAAGUUCUUAAGAAGGCGAAACCAGAGCAGAGAGCCUUCCCUAAACAACACCGUGAGAGCUUGUGCCUCUUCGGAGGGUCGCUAAAACGUAAAAGUUUUCCGUUGUGAAGUUAAUGAUUCAUAACAAGAAGUCCGCGUCUCUACCGGUACCCUUUCAAAAUAAAAGCAUGUAAUACAAAAGCGGAAAUGAAAUUGUAUGACCUUAAAGCGAGCAAAUAUUUCACAAUAAAAUAACAGAAAGACACUUCAAUAAUAUUAACAAUAACAUAGAUUGGGUUAUUUACACUUUUUGUUUUUUCUGUGGGGAGAGAUUAGCCAACAGUGGCAUUAAGCCACCACAUCUUCAGCGGUAUCUCCAGACAAAACAUGAAAGUCCUGAGUUCUUUAAGAGGAAACUUUCUGAAUUCAGGUCAUCUCAAGACAUGAUGCGAAAAGCCUCCCCGAAGCAAACGGCAACAUGCUACCUGUCAGUAUUCUUUUCGAUCCUUAAAGAAGAUAUUUUAAGAUGAUAAAUAUUAAAAAAAUAUGUUUGAGCUAAUCUUUUAUUUAAAACUAAGUUGAUGAUUUAUUUUUUGGGAAGAAGUGUUUAGCUAUAAUUAGGUUAAUGAGUUCAGUUUGAGAACAUAUCUUUAUUAUGAUCCCAAAAGUGGUCACUUUAAGUUGAUAAUUAUUUUUUUAGGUGCACAAAUCUUUAUUUAUAUUGAGAUAAUAAUAAAAGUCUUUAGUUAUUUUUAUAUCUUUUUAUUUCCAAAUAGUUCAAGAGAGACCAUGACAAAUGAGCAAUGUUAUAGACAUUGCUCAUUUGUCAUUAAAUUUGAAUGUGUCUAGUUACAAGGCUUAAUAAAUCACAUUACAUCUUUCUUUCAACCAAAAAUGCUUUGCGCUGGUUAGGGGGUACUCUGCAGAAUUUUUUCUUCGAAGGGGGUACGUCACUGAAAAAAGGUUGAGAACCACUGGUCUAGCUGAGUGCUGCUCUGCUUUUUCCUCUGUGUUUGGGCCAAACUGCACCAAUGAACGUCUUCCAAAGUGCGAAUUGAAAA